AAGAUUUGCCCAGUUAAUCAGUCACUGCCCCCCAGCUGGGCAAGGGGCAUUUGGUACAGCUGCUAUCUGCCUGGCCCCUUCCCCUAGGGUGGUGGUAACCAGGCACUUGCAAUGAUCUGGACGCGUCUGCCGCUGUAUGGCCCCUCCAAGCCCUCUACAGGUGGCUGGCAGCCGCUGCGCUUUGAUGGUGGGGCCUUCCAUGUCAAGGGAACCGCAGAACUGGCACGGGCUUUGCUAGUGCUUCGCCUAUGCGCCUGGCCCCCUUUGGUCACUCAUGGACUAGCGUUUCAGGCCUGGUCUCAGCGACUCCUGGGAUCCCGGCUUUCAGGCACACUUCUUCGAGCAUCUAUCUACGGGCAGUUUGUGGCCGGGGAGACAGCAGAGGAAGUGAGGAGCUGUGUCCAGCAGCUGCAGGCCCUGGGACUCCAGCCCCUGUUGGCAGUGCCCACUGAAGAGGAACCAGACUCCGCUGCCAAGACCAGUGAGGCCUGGUAUGAGGAGAACCUUAGCGCCAUGCUGCACUGUGUGGACUUAUCCCGAGCCCUCGUGGACGCCCACGGCCCAGCCAGGAACAGCCUCAUGCAGCUGAAGGUGACCGCGCUAACCAGCACUCGGCUUUGUAAAGAGCUGUCGGCUUGGAUCCAAAGACCCAGAGGCUCCUCGGAGCUGAGCCCUGAGAGGCUGGCAGAAGCCAUGGACUCGGGUCGGAACCUCCAGCUCUCCUGCCUCAGCACAGAACAGAAUCAGCACCUGCAGGCCUCCCUCAGCCGCUUGCACCGCGUGGCACAGCACGCCCGGGCGAAGUGUGUGCGGCUGCUGGUGGAUGCUGAAUACACUUUCAUUAACCCUGCACUGUCCCUGCUGGUGGCUGCCCUGGCUGUGCGCUGGAACAGCCCCGAGGAAGGUGGCCCUUGGGUGUGGAACACUUACCAGGCCUAUCUAAAGGACACUCACCAAAGGUUGGAGCAGGAUGCCGAGGCAGCACACAAGGCUGGCCUGGCGUUUGGGGUGAAGUUGGUGCGAGGUGCCUAUCUGGACAAGGAGAGAUCCAUGACACAGCUCCAAGGGAAGGAAGACUGUACCCAGCCUGACUAUGAGGCCACUAGUCGGAGUUACAGCCGCUGUCUAGAGCUGAUGCUGCGCCGCGUGUCGAACCACGGUCCCCCGUGUCACCUCAUGGUGGCUUCCCACAAUGAAGAAUCCGUACGCCAGGCAACUAAGCGCAUGUGGGAGCUGGGCAUUCCUCUGGAUGGGCCUGUCUGUUUUGGACAACUUCUGGGCAUGUGUGACCAUGUCUCCCUGGCAUUAGGGCAGGCUGGCUAUAUGGUGUACAAGUCUAUUCCCUAUGGCUGCCUGGAGGAGGUGAUUCCCUACCUGAUCCGAAGAGCCCAGGAGAACAGGAGUGUGCUGCAGGGUGCCCGCAGGGAGCAGGCACUACUCAGCCAGGAACUGUGGCGGAGGCUGCUGGGAAGGACGGCCUAAGAUGUCUCCAUCAGCACCAUCAGGGGCCAUGCGCUCAAUAAAGGUCCUGAGUCCUGGCCCUGUCUGGA